AAUAUCUAUUGGGUUGAGCUAAACCCUAAAGAUUAGGUUGAGGAACAGACCGGCCCAAUUGCUGCGAAGUCCAGUGGAUCAUCAUUCUGUAAAUCACGAACCGCAGUUUUAAUCGCAACACAGACGUGCAGGUGGAGGGACGAAGACGAAGACGAAGAAGCAGCAUUCACAGAAUCAUCACCAAAUCAAAGACGCACACGCAGAGAUAGAGAGAGAGAGCACAAAAUGGCUUUGCUAAUUGGAUGUGGAGAAUCGUCGUCAUCGGCUUCUCCUUUUGUUCUUCUUAGAUAUUUGAAUCGAGCCCUAGACUCAUUCAAGCACGACAUUGCCCACAUCUUUGCCAACAUUUUUUGCUGCAAGACCAACUUUGAUUCUAAUUAUCGGACUUGCGGGAAUGAGGAUCUACAGCCUUCUUCGUUUGAAAAUCUCAUGGCAGCUAUGGGUGAACAAUACCGGUUGAGGGCCCAAGGCUGGUGUUCUAAGCAAAAGGAUUUUGAUGAUGAUGGAAGAGAUCCAUAUGCAGUUUUCAAUGUGUUGGAUACAAUGCUAAAGGACAGUUUGGAACGUUUGAAAAUGAUGAGGGAGAGCAUAUCUUUGGCGGAGAUAGGCAUUCAAGGAUGCACUUUGGAAGUGAAGUAUGCUGAACAAGUACACAUAAUUAGGGAUUUGUGUUUGGUGGGUAAGGUAGAAGCAGCUCUAUGGCUUCGAAGAAAAAUGAUACAGAAAGGUGUUGUUCCUGAUGUAUCUACACACAAUUAUCUUGUAAAGGGAUUGUGUAAAGCCGGUAACUUGGAGCAGGCAGAUUGGCUCAUUAGGGAGAUGGUAGAAAUGGGUCCCUCUCCCAGUUGUGCCACAUACAACACUUUCAUCAACGGCUAUUGCCUUAUUAAUAAUGUAGAUAAAGCUCUCAAUAUUUUCUCAACAAUGGCUAAUACUGGUAUUAGGCCAAAUAAAGUUACUUGUAACAUACUCGUUCAUGCAUUGUGCAAGAGAGGUCUUUUGGAUGAUGCAGGGAAGCUUCUUGGAGAGAUCUUAGAGGAAGAAAAUGACAAAGCAACACCUGAUUUAAUUACCUCGACUAUACUUAUGGAUGGUUAUUUUAAGAAUGGAGAUAUGGUUCAGGCUCUUAGUCUUUGGGAUGAGAUGGUCCAAAAAAAUACUCUAAUAGAUGUUGUUGCAUAUAAUGUCCUUAUCCAUGGAUUUUGUUUGAGUCGACACAUGGGACUCGCAUAUAGGCACUUUUGUGAAAUGCUUAAAAGAGGUUUACUUCCUGAUGUUUUUACUUGUAAUAUUCUUAUAACUGGCCUUUGCAAUGAUGGGAAAUUUGAUGAGGCUUUUUAUAUCCAUGGUGUUAUGGCUAGAAUGGAAGUUGCUUCUGAUCCAAUUUCGUACAAAAUUAUUAUUCGAGGCCUAUGUGCUUAUGGAGAUGUUGUCAAAGCUCAUGAAUUUCUUCUUUGUAUGUUAGAAAAUUCAAUAGUGCCCGAGCCUCAGAUAUGGAACCUAAUAAUUGAUUGUUAUGGAAGACGUGGAGAUCUGGGUAAUGCAUUAUCUAUCAGAGAUCAGAUGAUGGCUUUUGGUGUUCUUCCAAACACAUUUACUUAUAAUGCACUGGUUCAUGCACAAGUAAAAGGAGGGAACAUUGCUGGUGCUUAUUCUCUUAAGAAGGAGAUGCUUCUCUGUGGUCUUUAUCCUGAUGUUGUUACUUACAAUUUGUUAAUUGGCGCUGCUUGUAACUUAGGGCACAUCCGUUUAGCACUUCAAUUACAUGAUGAAUUGCUGAGAAGUGGUUAUGACCCUGAUAUAAUAACUUACACUGAACUAAUUAGAGGUCACUGUAUGAGAGGCAAUGUGAAGGAGGCUGAAGAGCUCUUUGCCAAGAUAGAGAAAGCUGGUUUACCAAUGGAUCACGUUCCAUUUAAGAUACUUAUUAAGAUGUACUGCAAAAUGAGGGAGUUUGACAUGUCAUUUGACCUCUAUCAAAAGUACUUAAAUAAGGACAAAUGAGACUUUCAUCUUUAAUUGGCUUUAUUCGAUCAUAGGCACAUUGGAGUCAAUGAUUCUGGAAAGCAAGGGCCAAUAUUUGCAUGCAAGUAAUAGCUUCUGCCUUUGAGAGUUCUUGAUUGAUGGUGGCAAUUUUUGCUUUUGGCGAAUGUGAAACUUUCUUAUACUCUUGCAGGAGUUAUGUAUCUUUAUUAAUCUUCCUGGCAAUCUUUUCGGACUGCUGAAAUAAUUUGUGAAUUUACUGCCACUUUUGAUGGCACAAACAAUGCAAGGGCCACUGUCAUAUGCAGAAGACAUUAUUGAGAUUGCUGGAGUACAUCUUGCCUAUGUUCACCAUAAUAGUGGAGUCAAGAGAGAUAAAGUUUACCCAAUAGAUAACUGUAAAACCGCGG